GUAUAUUAGAUAAUACUUACCCACUUAUCAACUAAUGAUUUUGAAAAAGUUACUAGGUACGAAUUUGUUCUCAAGACAGAAAAAUGCCCUUUGAUUUGCGUAGUAUUAGUAUUAGUAGGUAGUACGUUUGGGUAACAUUAAGGUAAGUAAGUAUAGUCUUUGAAAAGUCAAUUGAAACAAGGUAAAAAUAAAUUGCAACUGGUGGCUGACUAGUGGCAGUGCAUUCACAGCAUGUGCAUUUCUUAUAAAAGUAUUCAAUCACCAGUUAUGAUUUACCUUUACCUUGUUUCAACUGACUUUAAAAAGACCAUACCAAAUAUUAAUUAAUGAAUAUUAACAAUUAACUAGAGAUAAAGUAGAGAGCGGGUUCCUCAUCGCAUGGACGUUCCUCGGAUCAAAAUAAAUAUUCAGCGAUUACCAGUAAACUGUCAUCACACGAUGCAAGGUUCAAUUUAUCAGUCGCAUUAAAAUUACAGAAAACUUGGAUGUUGGAUGCUCUGAAUUUUUGGGUCGAGUUAUAACAAUGUUAUGGGCUAUUAUUACUGUGGCAGUUUUAAUAUUGAUAUUAUGGAAGGGUUACCUGCAACCUUACAGUUAUUGGAAAAAUAUGGGUGUACCCCAAACCACCCCUUUCAUAUUUUUGGGAGAUACUUGGCCCACCUUUUUGAGAACUAAGAACCUCAUGGAAUGGAUGUAUUGGAUUUAUAAUAUGUAUCCUGACAAAAGAUUAACAGGAAUAUACCAAUUCUAUAUGCCUUUUUUGGUGCUUAAAGAUCCAGAAUUAUUCAAACAAAUUGCUGUUAAGGAUUUUGAUUAUUUUACAGAUCACAAAGGUCUUAGUGUUCCUGAAGACGUUGAUCCCUUAUGGGGCAAAAAUUUGUUUUCUUUGAAAGGUCAAAGAUGGAGAGAAAUGCGUUCGUUAUUGUCGGGCUCGUUUACUAGCAGCAAAAUGAGAAUAAUGUACACUUUAAUCGCUGAAGAAUCUAAAAAAUUUGCAAAUCAUUUUGAAAAGAAAAAUGAGGACUUUAUGGAUGUAGAAUUAAAAGAUAUAUUUACCAGAUAUACAAAUGAUGUGAUUGCCUCAACGUCUUUUGGAAUAAAAGUCGACUCUCUAGAAAAUCCAAAUAACGAAUUUUUCCGAAUGGGGACAGAAGUUUCGAAUUUAUCUGGUUUUUCAUUUUUCGUAAAAUUCAUAGGAUUCAUAAUUGUCCCUAAUCUUUUCAAGCUACUUAACAUAGGCCUUCUUCCCAAAAAAGCCAGCAAAUAUUUUGAAGCUACCAUAAACGAAACAAUAAAAAUAAGAGAAGAACAACAAAUAAAACGUCCGGAUAUGAUCAAUUUGCUGUUGGAAAUUAAAAAGGGAAUAAAUAAUAAAGAGGAAGCUGAUGUUUCGGAUAGUGGAUUUGCUGUUGUACAGGAAUCCUCUGAAAUAGUAAAAUCAAACAAAAAACAAGUUGAAAUCACAAACUUGGACAUUACUUCUCAAGCCCUAAUAUUUUUCUUGGCCGGAUUUGAUACAGUAUCAAAUGGAAUGUGUUACACUUGCUAUGAAUUGGCACUUAAUCCGGAAAUUCAAGAUACGCUGAGACAAGAAAUAACCAGUUUGUAUACAAACACUAACGGAAAGCCUUCUUAUGAAGACAUUUUGGGAAUGAAGUAUUUAGACAUGGUAAUUUCAGAAUCCCUAAGAAAAUGGCCUCCAGCUCCUGCAUCUGACAGAAUAUGCACCAAACCUUACACUUUGAAUUCUGAUACUGUUAUACAUUUAAACAAGGGCGAUACAAUUUUGAUACCAAUAUACAGUAUCCAUCAUGAUCCCAACUACUAUCCAGAUCCAGAGAAAUUUAUUCCAGAACGAUUCUCAGAAGAAAAUAAAGAUAAAAUCAAACCAUAUACAUAUAUGCCUUUUGGUAUUGGACCUAGGGCUUGUAUAGGAUCUAGAUUUGCUUUAUUAGAAAUAAAAUCAGUCCUUUUCCAUUUGCUCCAUAAAUUUGAAAUAGUUCCGACCAAAAAAACUCAAAUUCCACUAAAAUUCCACAAAAUUUCUAUGAAUUUGAAACCUCAAAAGGGAUUUCAACUUGGAAUAAAACGACUUUCAGUUUAAUUUAUGUUAUAUAUUAAUAAUAAUCACAAGAAAAAAAUACAAGUAGGCAAAAAUGAAUUAACUUUCAGUUCAAAAUAAUAUCACGCUUAAUUUUAUUUUUUAGGCCUAGUUUAUUCAUUUUCAGAUAAACUUGCUGGUAACUAUUUGCAAGAUUAAUUUACUUCUCUAUAAUUCUAUUGGUCGGCAGAUAACUGGCCAACUAAUGGGAUGGCAGAUUGCGUUUUUAUCCGCCAGAUUGCAUACCUUAGGGUUUAUCAGAAGAUGUAUAAAUCGGCUCUUAAGAGUAAAAAAAUAAAAUUAAUUUUAUUGAACACCAAAGUAAGUCUUGGUAUUUUUUUUUUUUCAAGAACACUCCGACAAUAAUAUAUUAAAUUUUAUUAUUAAUUAGCUGUACCUAGUAGCAUAGGAAAACAUUUUUGCAAAAUUUGUAGUUUCCAAUAAAGAAAAAUCCCCUCAAAGAAUUGUAUUUGAAUAAAAGUCAAUCAGUCACCAAUUUAUUAAAUAUCACAAUAAAAUAUCGCCAGGCCUGGGGUUGAGAAUAGAAGUUAGAAAACUACUUUCGUAUUCAAAUUGAAUCACAAAUUUCCCAAAAUGUAAUUCCAAGGUGCAAAAUAGCAAUGAAGCCUUUUGAACGCCGGCAUUAAAAUCUAAAUUAGCUGUAAAACUCAACAAAAAUUACCCAAAACAAUAAAAUAAAUAUUUGUAAAAUUCUAAUUUUCUUCGUCCAUACUGAAACGUCUGCUCCUGUUGCGCGCGCCACGUCUAAUUUGAUUCAAACAGGCCAACAUUCUGAUCAUAAAAGCAGCAGGAACUGUUAUGGUGUCCCGGGUUUCUUCUAACAUUAUUGCGUUUCUA